GAGAGGGCCCUGCCCCUGCCGCCCAGUGAAGGCUGGACAACCACAAGAAGAUCAGCUGCUAGUAGAUGCUACAGAGGAGAAGUUUCCAGUAAGAAGACAAGCCAUCAGAGGUCAAGAUAAAGAAAGGCUGUACCUGGAGCACAAAAGAACAUCUUCCUGUUUAAAGUGAGAUCACUGCCACAGGAGGAAAGGUCCAGGACAGUAAAAUCCAGAUAAGGAGCACCACACCUCAGGAGAAGACAUCUACAUUCUUCCUCCUUGCCUCCUCGUCAGCAGCACCCUCUCUCGCUCUCCAUCCCGUCUGAGAUACCGCCAUGGACCGCUCGGCGAAGGAGCUGUUCCUCAACUUCAUGAUCGUCUUAAUCACCGUGCUGCUGAUGUGGCUGCUGGUGAAAACUUACCAGGACUGAACCGUGUGGCAACAAGAGAGGAGAAGAAUGAGAGGCAGAGGAGAUGGAGAGACACGUGUGGAGGGAAGCCAGCAUGGUUACUGUAGGACUUUGCUGCUGAUUGAUUCUUGUUCAGACGCAGUGUUUACAUCUUUUCAUUCUUUUAGUCUAUGGUCACUGGUCUGGUCCAGAGCUCUAGUAUUCCAUUGAGGUAAAAAAAAAAACAUGUGAAUGCCCGAGCCAGAUGAGCAGAUUGUCAACAAGAUGGUUUUUUUUAAUUUGGCCUUUAAUUUCUGGCAAGAGCCGAAGGGGAACUCACAGUAGAGAUGGGGAGGGAGAAUAAAAAUAAAUAAACAGGGGUUUGAGGCUCUACUUUUUGACUGUGGAAACCUUUUACGUGAUGGCUAAAAUAAAAAUAUGUGUCAUUCAUAUGACCUUUGAUACAUUGAACCAUGCUGUUGUGUCUAUUGUUCUGUUUUUACUAAGUGAUGAAUGUGUCAAAAGCCAAUACUGUAUUCAUUCAUAGAAGAAGGCACCAACAGAAAUAACGAAGGAUCAUGUUUAUGUUCACUUCUUGCCAUUAAACAGUCUUUCAUUU